AAGGCUCGCCCGCACCGAACUCUCCCCCUCUCCCCGUGAUCGCUUCCAAGGCCUCGUCUCUAGUUUGAUAUUCUUACACCACGUCCAUUGCCCUCUGAUCGACUCCCUAUCCCAAUCGGGCUUGGGUUUCGGCUCCGAUGUCUAUUUAGAGGCACGAAAAGAGUUGGAGAGUAAGAGGUUGAGAGAGAUCGGCAAUCAUGUUCGGGCGUGCUCAGAGGAGGAGUAACAACACCAAGUACUAUGAAAUUCUUGGUGUCUCGAAGAAUGCGAGCCAAGAUGAGUUGAAGAAGGCUUAUAGGAAAGCCGCCAUAAAGAACCACCCGGACAAGGGUGGAGAUCCGGAAAAGUUUAAGGAGUUGGCUCAAGCCUAUGAAGUUCUAAGCGAUCCUGAAAAGAGAGAAAUAUAUGACCAAUAUGGGGAAGAUGCACUUAAAGAGGGAAUGGGAGGAGGAGGUGGCGCUUCUCACAAUCCUUUUGAUAUAUUUGAGCAAUUUUUUGGUGGUGGUGCUUUUGGUGGAAGCAGCUCAAGAGGUCACAGGCAGAGACGAGGUGAAGAUGUUGUUCAUACUCUAAAGGUGUCCCUGGAAGACUUGUAUAAUGGGACAUCCAAAAAGCUUUCAUUGUCAAGAAAUGUACUGUGUGCAAAGUGCAAAGGAAAGGGCUCAAAGAGCGGUGUAUCAGGAAGAUGCUAUGGAUGUCAAGGUACAGGAGUAAGAACGGUAACUAGACAGAUUGGACUAGGCAUGAUUCAACAGAUGCAGCAUGCUUGUCCUGAUUGCAGAGGCACAGGUGAGGUUAUCAGUGAUAAGGACAAGUGUCCACAGUGCAAAGGGAACAAAGUUACCCAGGAGAAGAAAGUAUUGGAGGUGCAUGUUGAGAAAGGAAUGCAACAUAGUGAGAAGAUUGUAUUCCAAGGAGAAGCUGAUGAAGCUCCUGACACUGUAACAGGAGAUAUUAUUUUCAUGCUGCAACAAAAAGAGCAUCCGAAAUUUAAGAGAAAGUAUGAUGAUCUUUUUGUGGAACAUACACUUUGUCUGACGGAGGCACUCUGUGGAUUCCAGUUUGCUCUGACCCAUCUUGAUGGCAGACAACUGCUCAUCAAGUCAAAUCCAGGCGAAGUUAUCAAGCCCGGUCAAUUUAAAGCAAUCAAUGAUGAGGGGAUGCCUCAUCAUGGUAGGCCCUUCAUGAAGGGUCGCCUGUACAUCCAAUUCAAUGUCGAAUUUCCAGAUUCUGGUGCGCUCUCUCCUGAUCAGUGCCAUGUCCUGGAGACCCUUUUGCCACCAAGACCAAGCAACCACUUGUCGGACAUGGAGCUGGAUGAGUGUGAGGAGACAACUCUGUAUGACGUCAAUAUGGAAGAGGAGAUGAGGCGAAAGCAGCAGCAGCAGCCGCAAGAAGCCUAUGAUGAAGAUGAAGAUGCAGCUCCAAGGGUGCAGUGCGCCCAGCAGUAAGUGCACCUUUUGGUCACUGUCAUCUCACAUUGGAGGUAUUUUGGUUGUUCUCUCUCUGCAUAGGGACUUGAAUUGUUUUCACAAUUUUCUCCUUAUAAGGUACCUGUGAACCAUAGAGGUAGCUGGAAUUAUGGAUUGUGAUUGUUUUCUUUUAUACCGGGAUUCUCGUGGAGCUACUGGUGGUUAUUGAUAUCAACUUUAUUGUUUCCUAGGCUUAUGAUUAAAUAUAUGAUACUUGGAGCUAUACAUGUGCUAAUCAUGGCAGGUCUACGCCUCAAAAAGGACGCAUCAUUCUGUAUUAUUACCUUGUCAAAUUUGAUUCAUGUUUUCUGGCU